CCAUAGGUAGAACGUUAGAAACUAAAAACCGUUGAUGCGGAAGUGAUCGUCUUUCUCCUUCACCUAUUAGCCCAAAAAAUAAAUAAAUAAAAGAAAAUUUACUGUUUCACUGAAUCCAAACUUUUUUUAUCUUCUUCUUCGUUAACUGGCUUCCUAUAACCCUAACCCUAACCCUAAUUACCGGUUCGAAUCUCCCAUUCUCCAUCAUCCCUUUUAGCCAUUCUCCACAUUUCAUACUGUGAUUAUAAUUAUGCCAUGCGAGGCUUCAUUUCUUGCAUAUUGUGCCAGAUCCACACGAAUAAUCUGAAUAUUUAUCAUUGUAUUUUAUGAUCGGGUUAAAUUCGUGGAUUUUGAGCGGCGGAUUCAUCUCAGUGGGCAUCUGAUUGGGUGGUGACAAUGUCAAACUUAUAUGGCGAUUAUAAUCAAAGGAUUGAUUAUGUAUUCAAAGUGGUUUUGAUUGGGGAUUCAGCAGUUGGGAAAUCUCAGCUGCUUGCUCGUUUCGCCAGGAACGAAUUCAGUGUGGAUUCAAAAGCCACAAUUGGUGUUGAAUUCCAGACUAAAACCCUUGUAAUCGAUAACAAGACUGUUAAAUCGCAGAUUUGGGAUACUGCUGGCCAAGAAAGGUACAGGGCUGUGACAAGUGCAUACUACCGAGGAGCAGUAGGAGCGAUGUUGGUUUAUGAUAUGACCAAGCGGCAAUCGUUUGACAACAUGGCAAGGUGGCUAGAGGAAUUGAGGGGACAUGCUGAUCAGAAUCUAGUGAUCAUGCUUGUGGGAAACAAGUGUGACUUGGGAAGCCUGAGAGCGGUACCAACAGAAGAUGCACAAGAGUUUGCACAAAGAGAGAACCUGUUCUUCAUGGAGACAUCAGCACUAGAAUCUACCAAUGUUGAAACAGCUUUUUUUACGGUUCUAACAGAGAUAUAUCGAAUAAUCAGCAAGAAAACACUUACUGCUAAUGAUGAGUUAGAUCCUAAUGGCAAUGCAGCACUUCUUAAGGGAACCCGGAUUAUUGUUCCCAAUCAGGAGAUGCAAAAAGACAGUAGAGGUGGCUGCUGCGGAUAAUCCUAAUGUUAAUUUAGGUUCAGUUUUGUAAUUCAUCUAUCUACGCGCUUAAGGGGGCAAUUGCACCCACCCAAUUUUUUAAAAUUGAUUAAAUAUAUCUCUUAAUAAGAAUAUUACCCUUCCCACUCCAAAUGAACAAAA